GACCCAUCAAACACACUCAUAUUCCCUUGCCCCAAAUAAAUGACACUUCCAUUUCAUGAAAAUGGGUUCUUUCCCCUGCCUCUGCAUUGAUGUUAAUCAGUUUCUCCCUCAACUGUUCCAAUCCCAGUUGACGAUUUCUUGUGCUUGAUGAUGGGUAACAGCGGGAUCAUUGUUAUUUUCACCAAAGUGUAUGUCUUUACUACUACUGUUCGGUAUUUUUUUUGGCUUGAAUGGAGACGUGAAGGGGUGGAAGGAGUCCGUCGCCAAUAGUAUGAGAUAUCUGCCUAAGGGGGUGGAGGGACAUUAAAUGUUAUGUGUAUUCAAUUGUGGUUUCAUGUGUUGCUUUUAUAGGGGAAAUUUCGUUUGAUUAAAUGCUUGUAUCUGUUAAAGGAAACUCUCCCCACACACACCCCAUCUCCAACUGUUCAGUAAGAUAUAUCUAGCUGGUUUAUGCAUGCAAGCUGUUUGCUUCAUUGCCUGAAUGAAAAAGUCGGGUGAAAUUCUGUCUUCUGCUGUUCUGCAGCAGCUUUCCCGGUUGGAUUUUAAUGGUACCACUCAUAUCUUCUCUAUCUCUCUCACGCAGAAGCUACACUAAUGGGGUUUGGUUAUUGUCUGGCAAGUUUUGGUUUAUUCUUACAUUUGCCUGUGCAAGUGAGGUGAUAUAUGGAGAGGAGUUGGGUCCUUCGGGAGGGGCUUCCUCACUUGGAACUUUGUGGCAGGGGUGAAAUGUGAAAACAUGUCCUGUCGUUGUAACCCAUUUUGCCAUUUAGUUGAAAUUGCUCUGCCUUGGUUGUUUCAUGGAAUCUAUAAUUCCCAGGUUUAGCUGCAAAAAGUCAAAAAGUUAUUCACUUUGUCAUGCACAUGAUGUCUGGAAUCAUUUGUUUUAGCUUUCUGUCGAGCUGGGAGAGAUAGAGAGAGAGAGAGUUAAACGACUAUACCACUGCUUGCUUAUCAUGGCCUCUAAGGAUCUGUGUAAGAUCCAUUGGCCAACUCAAAGUUCAAGGAGUGAUGCUAUUUGACCAUGCAUUUGUUCCGGUGGCUACAUUUGCCACUGUUUAUGCUGGUGCAACUCUUACAGCUGUCAAGUACUGUUCAGAUAAGGCAUGAAACUUUGUUUGCUUGUGAUUGUGAGAGAACCCUUUGCAACAAACAGUCCACUGGCUGGAUAGAGGGAUACCCCUGUCUAAGACAAUCAGCAAGUCUUAAGCAUCGCCAACUUCAAACCCAAGGUGUUGUUUCUUUGAGGAUAGCAAAGACAGGAGAUGGAUCCAAUGGUGUUCCGACAUUAACACCAGCGCAAUCAGAUGAUGACACAAAAGCAUGGAAAAGGAAAGUUGCAGCCAUAGCUGGAGGUGUUGGUGCACUUCUGCUAGUAAUUAUCAUAGCGGUGAUUGUUUACUUGCGCAUCAAGAAAUUAGCAUCACAAACUUCUGAAACGGAGUCCUCUGAACAAUCCCCUACUGAGCUGGAGAUAGUUGAAACUCCCACAUAUGCUAGUCCUCGUCUUUCCAGCACAUCAUUCCUGAGAUUGUUGACAGUUGAGGAGUUGAAGCUAGCGACACGAAGUUUCAGUGACAGCAAUAUCAUAGGUGAAGGGUUACUUGGUUUAGUUUAUAAAGGACUGCUUCUAGAUGGAUCUAUUGCCGCCAUAAAGAAAAACAUAUAUCAUCCCGUACCGAACUUUGCUAAUGAGGUUGGACACUUAGCUUCUGUCCAGAACCAGCAUCUUGUAAAGCUUAUUGGCUAUUGUGAGGACAGGAAGCAACAGUUUCUUGUAUCUGAAUUCAUAUCCAAUGGAAAUGUGGGACAAUACCUCUAUGAUAGUGAAGGUCUACCUAUUGGGAAGUUGGGCAUCAAGCAAAGAUUGUCUAUAGCCUUGGAUGCAGCAAAAGGGCUUCGGUAUCUUCACAGUUUGGUCCCUCCUUUCCUGCACCUGCACUUCAGAACCAGCAAUGUGCUUGUGGAUGAAAAUUUCACUGCCAAGGUGUCUGACUAUGGAAUCCGCAAGCUGGUAGCAGAAACCCAGCACCCGGGAUCUUCUUCUUCUGUAGACGCAUUGCUUCACGUGAUGAUGUUUCUAAGGUCGAAUUCGUCGAGAGACUUCUCAGUGCUAAGUGAUGUUUACAGUUAUGGGGUAUUCCUACUAGAGUUGAUCAGUGGACGUGAAGCACAUGGCAAGUAUCAAUCAAGUUCGGACCAAAAUCUACUGCUACAGGUAUCCUGUACAGAUAACUCUCAGCCAAACAAGCACAAAACUGUGUUCAUAUUGUUCCUGACAUCAUGUUCUUCUAUUUCGUAA